GGAGUAAUUUAAUAACACAGAGUGCCGUUUGAAUUUUCGUCGAUAGACUGCAUGUCAUGUAAUGAGGAACUCUGGGCGCUUCUUUGUUGAAAAUUUGGCGGUAGCUUCUUCAGGGUUACUAAAUUUUGAAAUCUAAUUUCUUCAGGAAAUUAGCUAAUCGGAGAAUCAAUAGGCGAAAUUAAGAGUAAUCUCCGUCGCCGUCACUGGAAAAAUGGUGUUUCUCUCUCGCAAAAAGCCUCCACCGCCUCCGUCGUCAUCCUCAGCUGCUCCGUCUCUCAAAAUCCCCCAGCCGCAAAAGGAAUCCGUUGAGCCCGACGCGGUGGAGAAGAUGACUGCCAUUCUAGCCGAAGUUGGAUGCACACUGAUGAAUCCGUACGGUCCGCCGUGUCUUCCUUCCGAUCUACACGCUUUCCGCCGCAAUCUCACUGGUCGCUUAUCGUCUUUCUCCGCCAAUUCCGGCGAGAGAGAUAACGUCGGUGCUCUUUGCUCAGUUUUCGUAGCUGGAUUUUCAUUGUAUAUUCAAUCUCCGAGUAAUCUUCGAAGAAUGCUUUCUUCUUCUUCAACAACUAAGAGAGACGAGAGUUUAGUUCGAAAUCUCCUGCUUGUAUCUCCGAUUCAACUCGAUAUUCAGGAAAUGCUACUCGAGAAGCUUCCGGAGUACUUUGAUGUAGUUACAGGAUGUUCUUUGGAGGAAGAUGUUGCUCGCCUUAUCAUCAACCAUUUUCGUUGGCUCGAUUUCAUUGUUAAUCCCCAUGUGUUCACCGAUAAGUUAAUGCAAGUUCUAUCUAUUUGUCCUUUGCACUUAAAGAAGGAAAUUAUUGGAUCGUUGCCAGAGAUUAUUGGGGAUCACAACUGUCAAGCUGUGGUUGAUUCUUUAGAAAAGAUGCUUCAGGAAGAUUCUGCUGUUGUUGUUGCAGUGCUUGAUUCUUUCUCCAACCUUAAUUUAGAUGAUCAAUUGCAAGAACAGGCGAUUACAGUAGCGAUAUCAUGUAUUAGAACAAUCGACGGAGAGCAUAUGCCGUAUCUACUUAGGUUUUUGCUUCUUGCUGCAACUCCUGUAAAUGUUAGAAGGAUAAUCUCCCAGAUAAGGGAACAGUUGAAAUUCACCGGAAUGUCACAACCUUGUGCUUCUCAAAAUAAACUCAAAGGAAAAGUACCUGCAUAUAAUGCAGAAGGUUCUAUUCUCCAUGCUUUAAGAUCAAGCCUUCGAUUUAAGAAUAUACUCUGUCAAGAAAUUAUAAAGGAGCUGAAUAGUCUGGAGAAACCUCGAGAUUUCAAGGUAAUCGAUGUAUGGCUGCUUAUUCUCAUGUACAUGAAUGGGGAUCCUGUCCGGAAGAGCAUCGAGAAGAUAUUUAAGAAGAAAGUGGUUGAUGAAUGCAUACAAGAGGCCUUGCUUGAUCAAUGUAUAGGUGGUAAUAAAGAGUUUGUGAAGGAUAAUUUUGCGUCAUUUGUUUCUUUGGCUGAACACCUCUUGUCAUCCAAAGAAGAAAAGGCAAGGGAAAUUGGCUCUCAUAUCUAUAGUCGUCUUUUUGAAGAGUUUACUGACAAUUAUUCAAGACAAGAGAUUCUAGGUGCCCUAGUGACACAUGUGGGAUCUGAUAACAAAUUUGAGGUCAGUUCUGUCUUGGAGAUGAUGACAGCUCUGGUGAAAAAAUAUGCACAGCAACUCCUCCCCUUUUCUUCCCACAUAAAUGGUAUUUUGGACUACUUAGAGGGAUUUACUAUUGAUAAUUUGCAUAAGGUCUAUGAGGUUUUCAGCCUCCUCGCACUAUCAGCUCGUGCAAGUGGUGAUUCUUUUCGAUCUUCAAUCUCAAAUGAACUUAUGAUGAUAGUAAGGAAGCAGGUUAGUCAUCCAGACCUCAAGUACAAAAAGAUGGGCUUAGUUGGAAGUCUUAGGAUUGUUUCGUCACUUGGGGAUGCAAAGAGUGUUCCUGACUUUUCAUCAUCGCAGGUUUCAGAUUGUGGGGAGAUUUUGGAGCUCUUAAAGACAUCUGUUGAAUCUUGCAGACAGUCGAACUUAGCCCUAAUUAUGUUCUAUGAUGAAUUCGCUACCAUUCUUAGCCAUAAAUUACUUCAACCAGAAAUUAUGGAGUGGAUUGGGAAGCAUCUGGGAGAAUUUGAGUCGCUUUUUCUAGCCGAUCUUGAAAACGAAAAGAUGGCCGAAAAGGGUUCAUAUUCUGGACUAGAAGGGGAUCUUUGGAUGAACUUGGAUGGUAGUAUAUCACCAAUCUGUUUGAAUAUUUUGGCCCUGGCAUCUUCAUCCUCAGAGUCCUGUUGUCUGCAGAUUCUUCCUUCAAAUUUUCUUUUGCUAUCAACUGUUGAGAGGUUGACAAAUGAUGGAUCCCUUGCCGGGGUUGAUGCUCUGCUCGGAUGCCCUUUGCACCUUCCUUCUUCAAAGUACUUUGCUGCAGCUGGUUGGCAGUCUCUGGCAAAGAAGCAGAAAGAAAUCCUCUCCCUCUCGUUAUAUUAUGCUGCAAACUGGAUACGAGAACUCCUGAACGCCUUCAGUUCCCAAAUUGAUGAAAAAAUUGGUUGCAUUAGUCAGGCUACUGUAAAGGAUGUAACAACAAAGCUUCUAAAACGCCUCAGAAAUUUAGUAUUCUUGGAAAGCUUAUUGAGUAAUUUGAUUACACUAUCUCCUCAGUCUCUACCGGAGCUCCACCCUUAUUCUGAAUCUCAUGUAGAACAUCCGAGGAAGAAGAACGAGAAGAGGAAGCUGGACGAUGAUGCCUCCCAACGCAAGGUAAGCAUGAAAAAUAACUUGAAAAAAUCAAAGCACUCAGAUGUGAAUGAAAAGCUGCGACAGCCAACUAUUAUGGACGCAUUCAAGAAAGCAGGAGCAGUGAUGAGUCAUAGUCAAACACAGUUACGUGGAACCCCUUCCCUUCCAUCUAUGGAUGGCAGCACAGCAGCGGGGUCAAUGGACGAAAAUUGUUCUGAUAAUGAAUCUCUAAUUGUGAAGAUUCCUCAAGUUUCCUCGGCACUUGAAGCUCAAAGAUUUAAGUUCAGGCCUCUUCUUCCUCAAUGCCUUUCCAUCUUAAAUUUUCCAAAGGUUCUAAGCCAAGACAUGGGCAGCCCUGAGUAUAGAGCUGAGCUGCCUUUGUAUUUGUAUCUCUUACAUGAUCUUCACACCAAGCUGGAUUGUCUUGUUCCUCCUGGUAAACAACAUCCUUUUAAACGUGGAAGCGCUCCAGGUUAUUUCGGGAGAUUCAAAUUGGUUGAACUUCUCAACCAAAUUAAAAGACUUUUUCCAAGCCUCAGGAUACAUUUGAAUAUAGCUAUUUCCUUGCUAAUAAGAGGUGAUGAAACUUCUCAAACUACUUGGAGAGAUGAGUUUGCUUUGUCCGGAAAUCCGAACACAUCCAGUAUUGUGGUUUCUGAAUCUCUGGUUUACACAAUGGUGUGCAAAGAAGUAUUAUACUGUUUCAGCAAGAUAUUGACCCUCCCCGAGUUUGAAACAGACAAGUCACUGUUGCUGAAUCUUCUUGAAGCCUUCCAGCCAACUGAAAUACCAGUAGCUAACUUUCCGGACUUUCAACCUUUUCCGUCACCGGGGACAAAGGAGUACUUGUAUAUUGGCGUUUCUUAUUUCUUUGAAGAUAUUUUGAAUAAAGGUAACUAUUUUUGUUCGUUUACUGAUGAUUUCCCCUAUCCAUGUUCCUUCUCCUUUGAUCUGGCCUUUGAAUGUCUUCUCACUCUACAGUUAGUGGUGACCUCUGUACAAAAAUAUCUUGGUAAGGUAUCUGAAGAAGCUAACAGAAAGAGAAACCCAGGUCAUUUUCAUGGUCUUGUACCCAAUCUACAUGCCAAACUGGGAACUUCUGCUGAGAAACUUCUCAGGCAUAAAUGGGUCGAUGAAAGUACUGAUAAUAAGGGCUUAAAGAACAAAGUAUGUCCAUUUGUGUCAAAUUUGCGGAUAGUACAAUUUACAGGUGAAAUGGUUCAGACCAUAUUGCGAAUAUACCUGGAAGCCAGUGGAUCCACAUCUGAUUUGCUUGAUGAGCUUGCUUGUACCAUUUUACCUCAGGCCUCUCUAUCCAAGUCAACAGGAGAAGAUGAUGAUGCCCGUGAUCAUGAAUUCCCAACCCUAUGCGCAGCUACUUUUAGAGGAUGGUACAAGACAUUGCUUGAAGAGAAUCUUGCAAUUCUCAACAAACUGGUGAAGACGGUUAGCUCAGAGAAACGACAAAACUGUCAACCGAAAACUACUGAGGCACACUUGAAAAACAUUCAGAAAACUGUAAAUGUGGUAGUAUCUUUAGUCAACUUGUGCCGAUCUCAUGAAAAGGUCACAAUUCAUGGCAUGGCUAUCAAGUAUGGUGGGAAGUAUGUGGACUCAUUUCUUAAAGUUUUUGAUUUCUUGGAAGCACAUUUUCAAGAUCAUAAAGAACUAGUCAUCCAGUUGGGUAUGAAACAAACAGCCAUAACCAGCAAAAUACCAGCAACAAAGAGAUCUUUAGAGCGUUUUCUGUUUCACGUUAAGGCUCUUCUCCAUAGAACAUCAGGCGGCUCCAACUUCUGGAUGGGUAGCUUGAAACACAAGGACUUGAGAGGGCAAAUAGUGAGUUCUCAGGCUUAUAUAGAUAACGAAGCCGAUGAGGUUGAAGAAACCAUGUCCGGAGAAGAAGAGCCCAUGCAAGAGGAUGAACUUCCAUUGACACCUUAA